GGGAAAUCCAAACGACAGUUAUCAUGGGCGCCGCAAUUUCGUACUACGUGUCGUUUCUGACACGAACGGAGACGAAGACGCGGGAGGAUUACCUGCGUCUGUUUGCUGUCGGAGUUGGAAUCGACGUGAUGCUCAUGAUGCUGCAGCUGCCAGCGCUACUGAUCGGCGCAGUCACUUCGGACGGACCGGGAAGCGGUGGAGCUGCGAACGUUUUAGCAGCCGCAGGACAAGAACAUUCAUCUGCAGAGAAAAUCCACGGCGGCCUGGUUUUCGACCAGUCAGAUCAUUCAGGAGGAGCUGCGCUUGCAGCGACGACAGCCAGCAACGCUGCAUCCAAUACUUUAGUACCGAACAAAGCCCUUCUUGAACCGAAUCUCAUCACGACUACUUUUCAACCAGGAUCAGAAAUUUUGGCGAACACGGUCGGAGCCCCUGGAGGAUCACCACAUGGCAUUUUUUUGCCACCGGCGACCCCUUUCACCUCGACGUCCUUCUGGUCAUGGACAUCAACAGGUUCCGGGGCUGGGGAGCACGAGACGUCGCACUUGGACAUCGCGAGCAGGACGACGACGGGCGAAGACGAAAAAUUGAAAGCAAAGGGUUCUUUCGGUUUGUUUGGAAACGACGGUUCGUACAACACGAAUACUCUUUCCGUGACAGGUGAUACCACGGACGACGAUUUUUCUGGACAACAAGGCGUCCUCUCCUACAGCUACAGCUACUUUGUUCCCCGAGCACUACAGAUGACCGAUAAUUUUUUUUCUUUGUCGUCCUCAAAAACCACUUCUACUUCUUCUGCGGGCAAGAACCAAGUCGAUAUCCUCACGACGAACAGCUACGGCGGUGGUUCGUGGACCUUGAUCCGGCUCCUACUGAUGCUCUUUCUCCUCGCCGACGCGGCCGCGCUGGCGGCACUGCGGUGCAAGGUGCGCAGCGAUUCGUUCUUCUCCUUGGGCGCGGAGGCGCACGCGCGGUUGCUCUGCCCACUGCGAUUCUGCGUCGGGUGGGGCAGCACCACUUGCUUGUUGUACGGGGCCGUGCAGUUCGGACAGGUUUUUGGUUUGUGGAACGGCGAUUUCUUCUGGCUGCUCAUCACGAUCUGGCUGGUCUUGAUUAAAUUGCUGCGCGUCAUCGCGGUGGCCUCCUUCGAGAAGUGGCUGCAAGUCUCGGAACGGCCUCUCAUCGUGCGGGGAGUGCGGGCGCAGUUGUGAAUUGCGAGUGCUGCUGAAGAUGGUGAUAUAAAAAUGAACAAGUUGAAGUUUAUGCACUGCGCGCUUACUCAUUCUCAACCUCCUCCUCCUCGUGUAGGUGGUUUCGUUUCAGAAAAACAAAAAGAUCGUCGUACGAAUAAAAUGCCAUUACAUCGACUGAAACCGAAACCGAAACUGAUCAGGAACUGCUUGUUGAAUAUGAAGUGUUUUGCGCAUCACACGCCCUUGCGCUCGCCGUUUUUGUCUAAUAACAAGUCGUAGUUUUGGCAAUGGAACGUGGUGAAG